AAAGGCUGGGGCAAUAAGAAAAACCCAUAAAACAUAGAUGGAAUGAAUCCAUUUCCAAUUUCCAAUCCAAUGAAUAGAAUUACUACCAGGAUCCCAAAAUUUGAAUUGUAAACAGCGCCAAAACCACGCUAUUCAUCGAUGUGAAGCGAAGAAGAAAUGUCGGCGAUGGAGAAGCACGUCGUGCAGAUCUUCGAGCGAAAGAAGCGAAUCAUCGACCAAUCACGACAACAGUGCCAUCUCUGGGAGCAACACCUUUUCCCCAAACUCCGCCUCAACGGAAUUCCCCCUCCGCCAUGGCUCUUCAACUCUUCCCUUCAGGCAAAUCCACAAGGGUUAAGCAAAGAUGAUCUCGUUUCCGAAGUUCUAAUUUCGCAACCACAGUAUAUAGUUCCUUUCCCUGGUCUGUACAGUAAUCUAGAUGCCGUGUCCUGUGGUGUUCACUAUCCAAUUGGUUUGCAUAAUGAAGGUCGUGCUUUAGAAAAGGAGUGUAACACGGGAGAUGGGGUUUCGAAUUUGCCAGAUUGUUCUGUCAACUAUGCUGUAUCUGCCUCAAGUGGUCCUCCAGAAUUGGAUUCAGGUGCUGUAUCACCACCUCAGAAUCAGAUUGAAGCAAGAGCCUCUGACAGUCACCACGACCCAGCUCCGUCUCUCGCAAAGUUGCAAAGGUCAAAGCCGAGGCAGAAGGCUCUGGAGCUACGUAAUAGUGCAAAAGCACCCAGACGAUUGUCAAGAGAAGAUGAUAAUGCCAGUGUCUGUGCUGGCACAGUUACAGGUUCUGCACCCUCAAGUCAAGAGGCAGAACAUGCAAUGGAGUCGGAUGUAGUCAAAGAUUUUCAUUCCAACAUCCAAAGUUGUUCCAUGGAAGAAACAAAAGCAUGUGAUUGUGUAACUAAGUACUCUGGCCGGAUGACAAGAUCUAAAAGUUCAUUCCAGAAAUUCAACUCUUUGAAUGUUGCCAGUCCUUCUGUAGCGAAGGAAGAUGGCCCUCCGCCUAAUAAUUUGAAUGAGUCAUUUGAGAUAGUCAACCAACCUUGUUUUGCAAAUGGAAGUUGUGGCGUCAAUGAAGCAAACAAAGGGGAUUAUCAGAGCAACGAAGCUGGAAAAAGUGUGCAUGAUGAGAGAUUAACAAAAUCUAGAAGUUCUAGCCAGGCCAGAUGUAACAGUGAACUGUUGAAGCUUGACAGCACCUUGGGCAGUGGCAAAGGAGUUGGAUUCUGUGAUCACAGGCAACCAAUUACACAUGCUGAACUAACAGAAUUAAGCAAAGUCGCUGAUUGUAACAAUGGAAGUGGUAGGAAUACAGUUAAAGAUGGAAAUUCCUGCCUCAGCAAACAAGAAAGUAACAUUCAUGGUAUGAUAAAAUUACUUAGAAGUUCCUGCCCAUCACCAGGGCAUGAUCUUUUGAUGACUAGUGGUUCUGUAAGGUCUAUUGAUAAAUCAGUGCCAUUACCUCAACCUUUAAUUCCACAGAAUUCACAGGAUCCUGUGGUGUCUGUUGUUGGGACCUUAAGUACUCAAAAGGAUCCUGACUUUUCUGCACUAAAACCAAAAGAUCAUUUGAGUAGAAGUGGUUCUGAAACGAUUGAAAAAGUCCAAAGUAAGAAGUCUUGGAAUAUACAGCCUACCAAACUGGAUGCUACAAGGUUAUCUUCAAGUCCAAAGUAUUCCAAAUUAGAUAUAGAAAUUGGCAGGAAUUCUGCAGUCAAGGAGAACGUUGCAGCACUAGCUACCUCUGGAAAUAUGAGGGCUGUGGCUACUUCUGCAAAUGAAGGAUCAUUAAGGCCAGUGAGUUCUUCCAAUUUUUAUGGUGGGUCUUUACAUGCAGAAUCAGUAAAUGUUGAAGCAGUGGUGGAUGAGAAAGUCUUGGAUGCCCAAGAAAAUAUACCAUAUGAUGCCCUUCCCACUGAUAAUGUUGAGCACAGAUUUGCUGCAAUUGUUGAUGAAGUUGAUGCUGACUCUGAUGGAUUAGUUGAAAAAGAUCCUUCUUGUGUUAUCCCUAAGGUUAGGCAGAAUGUAUCAGUCAUGAAGCUGCCCGCUGAUUUUAUCAUGUCUGUGAUGCCUAAGCAACUUGAUUUUGAUGAUGUAGAGGAGACAAGUGUGAGUGGAAUUUGUAGUUCUGAUUUGAAAGAGGGGCAACAGGGAGUGUCACCAGAAGAACCUCUGAACUCGUUGGAACCUGUAAAAUUACAUGAAGAGGAAACUUCUUCUGUGUGCCAAAUUAAAUGUAACUCUUCGGGGGAGAUGCCUUUGCUGCAAAUGCGGGAAGUACCAAUCAGAGAAGGGGAGCCUUAUAUGGAAUAUUGCGCAAGCCACUUCAAGGAGGAAGAUAUAGCUAGGGCAACACUAAGUGCCGUGCCACCAAACAAAGAGAUACCUAUGGUUCAGAAUGAAUUCUGUAUUCGUACUUCUUCGUUGAUGUAUCAUUCAAGUCCUUCACAAGUUGCUGGUGAAAAUUCAUCAAGAAGUUUGUCAAAAGAAGUUAUGCCAUCAAAAUUUGUUUCAGUAAACAGUAAACUAGAAAAUGUUGAAUGUAGUACUAAGUUGGCAAAUUUUUCUUCUGAAGCAGUUAUGGGAAAUGAUCUGCAUAAAUCCACAGAUGAAAGUGUUACAAAUUUCACUAUUGGGUUCCCAUUUUCUGCUCCUAUGGAUGAUGUUAAUGUUGGUUUGGCACAACAGCCCCCCAAUAGCAUUACCUUGUGUAAAGAUGGUGAGGUGUUGCAUAAGACAUUGCACAGUGAUGGAAAAAUUACCAGCUUUUCAACUGAUUUCCAGAUUUUCAGAAUUUCCCCCAAAAGUUUCACUUAUGAUGUGGAACAUUCUUGUCCUCAGCAUAAAAGAAGGAAGAUUGACAUUGAAACAGAGAGAUUUCGAUCCGCCUCUUCAAACCUCUUGGAAAAGCCAUGUGAUUCUAUUGACCAAGGGCCUGUGAGUAGAAGCUUGAGUAUUGAAGAAGACAGCCGGGAGGUUGCCCUAGAAGUUCAACAUUUGCCAUCUGAUCCAGAGGAUGAUACAGGACAUCAAUCUAUUAGUAACAUCCCAACGGACGAAAAGCAAUACAAUGGGGAAUGCCAAACAAUGGAAGACUCCUCACUUAAAGUGAGAAAAGAAGAGAGCUGUAUCUUGGAUGGAAGAGACAGAAGUGAAGACACCCUUGUGUUGGCAGUGGCAAAAACAUCAGGUUUUAGUAUUGACCCAACGAUGGGAUGCACCAUGGAUGAGAAGGUGGAGUUGUGGCAUCAUCAGGUUAGUUGUGGACAGGAAUGUGCAGAACAUCUUGAACGAAGUACUUCAAGUAGAAGAGUUUGUCCAGGAGGAAAUGCUAAAUUCUCAAAUGGAAUGCCUGCUUCUCCAGGAAUGCAAUGCUUGGAUUUGGUUGGUACAGGUGAGACUAUAGCAGAGCUUGAAGGGUUUAUUAUGCAAGCAGAUAAUGCACAGCCAUGCAUUGCUGGAGAUCAAAUAGAUUUGGAAGAGAUAGAUCUUCCAAGUAACUCAAUAGAUUAUACAUCCCUUGGUAAAUCUAGGUUCAUGCAUUCUUCAUCGUACAAUUCUUUAACCCCUUAUAAGUUGCAUAACAUACCAGAGCCCUAUCAGUCUUUACCUAAUGGACUACUGGAGGGCUUAGGUAUAAGGACUUCCCUUUCUCUAAGCGAUGGAAGCCCGAGGUCCCUUUCUGAUUGCCAACCAAAUUGCAAGGGUCAGUACACUUCUUCAGUUCAAACUCUUUGGGAUCGAAUUAAUUCAAACUUAGGCAGUUCAGGAAAGCGUAAGAGUUUAAAAUUAGACCUUCCCUGCAUUACUGAAGAAAAUGAAAAUGUGGAUGAGAUUGCUGGUACAUGCCAAAUGGGCAUUGAUUCCAAAGAAAUGGCUGGCUCAAAUAUAAGAGAACCCCUAGCUGAGAUUGUAGAUAAUGUAAACCCCUCUGCAUCAGUUUUACAAGAUGAUAUAUUAACAGGUGGACGUGAAGAUAUUUUAAGCACAGAGUUUAACCUCAGUGGGACUUGCAAUAAGGCAAAACAUAAGCUUGACAAGCAGGAUGGCAAUAGGAAAAGAUUCACAAGAAAGGGGAAGGAGAACCAUAAUAUAUCGCUUGGAGCGAAUGGUGUCAAGAGGACUGCUGAAUCAGUUUGCAAAAGGCCCAGUAGGGGAAAGUUAUCAGGAAAAGAUAGUAUGAAACAAGGCUCCUUUAACAAUAUUGUAUCCAACGUUUCAUCCUUUAUUCCAUUAGUUCAACAAAAACAAGCGGCAGCAGUUGUUACAGGCAAGAGAGACAUCAAAGUGAAGGCCCUGGAAGCAGCUGAGGCUGCCAAGCGUAUGGCUGAAAAAAAAGAAAACGAGCGCAAGAUGAAGAAAGAGGUGUUGCGAAUUGAGCGGGAAAGGUUGGAGCUGGAGCUGCAGAAGAAAAAGAAAGAGGAAGAACGAAAGAAAAAGGAGGCACAAAUGGCAGCAAAGAAGCGGCAGAGGGAAGAUGAAGAAAAAAAGGAGAAAGAAAAAAAAAGGAAGCGAGUUAAUGACAUGAAGAAGCAGCAGCAAGAGCAUGAGAAGAUACUGGCCAAGAAGGAAGAAAUAAAAAUACAACGCCGAGCUACGGGUGAAGUCCUAGAAAAUAAGAAAAUUAUGGAUGAAAGAGAAAAUUAUAAGAAUUUGCCAGUGCAAGACAAAAGAGAAUGCAAUAUGGAGAAAAUUUCUGAAACCGAACCGUUGGCCAUGAGGGAUUCGGCAAAUGAUAAAACAAAAGAACCACAUCCUGAAUAUUCGGAAUCUGUGAAUGAUUGUGCUAAUAAUGGACAGGUAAUGGACAAUUUGAUUAAAGCCGCUGAAGAUGAUGACUUGAUCAUAAAAGACUCACUUCAAGAGCAGUCAUAUGAGAUCUCUCCAUAUAGAGGUUCAGAUGAUGAAGAUGAAGACGAGGAUGACCUGCCAAAUAAUAAGUUUAUCCCUUCAUGGGCAAGCAAGCAUAGCCUGUCUCUGAUUGUUUCUUCCCAGAAAAUGGACCCAGAAACGAUAUUUCCUCCGCAAAGUUUUUGUAAUAUAGCAGAAGUUCUCCUGCCUCGGAAGCUUCAGCUACAGUAGCCGAGCAUAGUGAUUUUAGUAACACGGGAUUGUGUUAAAGAUUUUUUAAGAGCUUCAUUAAGAAUGAAGAUGUAGCCGCCAAGAUAAUGAAAAUUAGAUCUUUUGAUGUACCCUAAAAUCUACUGCUUCUAAGGAUCCCCUUUGUUGGAAUUAUUUUGUAAUUUGUAUAGUAUCAAAAGUCACUGUAUAUAUAACGCAUUCCCUCUAUUUCUCUUUUUUUUAGCCCCUCUUGGACUUGUAGUGUGAAGCUAUCUUUCAAAACGCCGAAUUUGGAUUUUACUUCUGUUGAAGCUUCUGCUAAAGGUCUAAAAGAUCAGCUGAGGACUUGUUUUGUUUGUUAGAUUAUAAUUAUAAUAUAUAAAACCUGCGUAACUUCAUUGUUGA